CUCUCCCCACCUUAAAGCUUCUGCAGGGAGGAAGAGGGCAGGAGCAUCCCCAACUGACCCAGAGGCAGGCGUCCGUCCGCAGAAGGAGAACCAUCCCUUUGCCCCCCAACAAAGCAGAAGCCGGCCAUUCUCCCUCCGUCUCCAUCUGUCCAUCCGUCCAUCCGUCCAUCCUCAUGGCGAGCGGGGAACUGACCGAGCUGGAAACGGCCAUUGAGAAGAUUGUGUACAUCUUCUUCUCGUACGCGGCCCGAGAAGGGAAGAAGGGGACGCUGACCGCUGGGGAGUUCAAGGAGCUGGUCCAUUCGCAGCUGCCCAACCUCAUGAAGGACGUGGGAGACUUGGACGAGAAGAUGAAGACCCUGGACGUGAACAACGACCAGGAGCUGAAAUUCGGGGAAUAUUGGAGGCUGAUCGGAGAGCUGGCCAAAGAAAUCAAGAGGGAGAAAGUGGGGAAGAAGAAAUGACCGGAGCCUAGAACCUGGACCGGAGCCUAGAACCCAGAGCCUAGAACCCAGCUGUCUGCAGCUUGCAGUUUUGCAAUAAAAUACCCUUUUGCUCAGA